CGUGAUGCUGAAGCCACCCCCUACUACUACUACAAGCGUGAUGCUGAAGCCACCCCCUACUACUACUACAAGCGUGAUGCUGAAGCCACCCCUUACUACUACUACAAGCGUGAUGCUGAAGCCACCCCAUACUACUACUACAAGCGUGAUGCCUCUCCCUACUACUACUACUAA